AUUUGUCAAUGUGAAUUUGCUUGUUUCCUUGUGUUGGCUAAAGACCACACCUGUUUGCGCACAUCCAGGAUCAGCUUUCUGAAGAAGAAAAAAAAAAGACAACACAGGCCCCGUUCUCGUAUUAAACUGUACUUUUUUUUUAACUUAAAUUUCUUCUUCCUCUAACAGUUUUACGAAAAACAUUGUGUCAAGUAGCAGCUCUAAGAAUAAACACUGUAGGAGCUAUUUCUCCAUUAUUUUCAGUUAAAGUUUAGAAUGUUGAUUAUUUAGUUUAUUUUUUUUGUUUUAUAGUUGAUUUAUAAUUAGACUGUUUAUUUUGUUGUUUCUAAAUAAGUUUGGUUAGUAAUUCACUUAAUUAGUUAAUUGAUUUCAGUUUGGGAAGUGGGUGUGUUUCACAGUAUAAAUACGUAGAGUUUAGAUGAGUCUUUAGGCACAUGGGUGGUCAUAUGGUUUUUUACCUGUCUGUCCGUCAGUCAGUUAGUCAGUGUUAUCAGUGAGAACAGGUGCAGGAGUUAGGAUAGGUUUAUCCGAAGCCUGUAACUUGUUUUAGCAAAAGAUUGAAUAAAAGUAAACUAAGAGCAUUUUGACUGUUUGACCUUUUGUUGGACUGCGUAAACCAGAACCCAUGAUGCCCAGUAUUGACUGUUUGAGUUUAUUUCAUUUUGUUUUGAUCACUUUUGAGAUUUGAAUUUUUUCGAUUUUGGAAUUAAGUUUUCGGGACAAAUAGUCAAUACACUUCAAGUAAAAAACCCGACCUUGGCAUUUUUGAUACGACAACAAGUAAGAAAGACGAUCCUGGAGUUUAAUCAACACUCUCAAGUUUGCGGAUGGGCGGAUGGAUCCGUAACGUUUGGAGGAACCACUUCCUUUGUUCUCUGGACGCCGAAAGCGGGAGGAAGCGGCCACGCCCACAAGCCAUGAAGGUGCUUCAACUCCAAGCUCUAAACGCUCACGUCCUUCUUCAGUGACAGCGGUAUGUACAAUGAUUGCUAAUGCUGUAAAGGAAAACGGCCAAACGACAGGAGUUUGAUGAUAGCGAUCAACGUUACCGUACAAGUUUGAAUGAAAGACUGAGUUAAAGCGCUGCACCUUUACGCACAGCCAGUGACUUUAAAAGAAAAAGGAAAGUUAUAGACAAAACUGCAAGCAGUUCAAAGUAUUUGGCUAAAAUGUCUGAUGUAUUGAAAGCACAGUCAACCAAGAGUGAUUUGGAGAUUUCAUCUAAACGAAGUAUUAAACUGACUGAGAAAGGCUUGAUGUCUUAUAUAAAAAUGUGCCAAGAUAAAAGAAAUGCUAAAUUGAAGCAAGCAAGACGAAUAAUGGACGAUUUAAAUGUUUUGAUGGAGUCAAAUGAUAAAGCUGACUCAGUGAAUUCUCUUCUUGCUACAUUUAUUCAAUGUUCUCAGGAUGCAGAGGCGUCUCAUAAAACCUUAACAAGUUUGCCACUCCCCUAUGAUGAACUCAUGAAACAAAACGAACAUUUCCAGAAUAAAAUGAGUUCUUACCACGAGUUUACUGAGCUUGUCAGGGGCUGGUUAUGUGAACGGGAGAAGCCCUUUGUGCAGCCCAGUGCAGAUGAUUACGAUCAAGGCAAGAAUGAUGUUGAUAACGCAAUUAAUCCUGAAGACAGCGCUUCCAAUGUGCGCUCUGUAAAGUCUAAGUCAGGCUCUCAGGUGUCCCGUGUCUCCUCUACAUCUUCGGCUCGCAUUAAAGCGGAGGCCGAGAGAGCGGCGCUGCUGGAGCGCGCUGCAGGACUCAAAAAGAAACAUCAGUUGGAAGCGCAGGAGGAAAAGCUAAAACAAGAAAAAGAGCAACUAGAACUUGAGACUGAGUUAGCGGCUGCUAACGCGAAACUUCGUGUGUUGGAAAUAAAUUCACAGUGUGGCUCAAAAUGUUCUGAUGGCAUGAAUUCGUAUAUUGAAAAGCGCAAUUCCAACUUAGCGCUUGAUCCUUGUGCCAAAGUAUUCGUUCCAGAGAGAAAUAUGGACGAUUUUAAAAUGGCUUCUGCCAUCGCUGAGAAACCAGUUGUUAGGCUGAAACAAAAGCCACCAAUUCAAAGUGUUGAUAAGCCACAAAGUGUCUGUGAUGAAUUAACUGUUCAACAAAUCAGUAUUAUUGACAUCAUGCAGCGGCAAAAUGACAUCACUGCCAUGUUGGUUCAGCAAAACCAAAACUCUGUCUUGCCACCAAGAAACAUCCCUGUUUUCGAUGGUGAUCCUCUUCAAUAUGGAUCAUUUAUAAGAGCGUUUGAGAACAGCGUGGAGGCCAAAACGUCUAAUUUGAGUGACUGUUUGCACUUUUUAGAACAAUACACUAGGGGGCAGCCUAGAGACCUUGUGCAUAGUUGCCAGCAUUUGCCGUCAGAACUGGGCUAUCCUAGAGCUAAAAGUCUUCUUUCUGAACAUUUUGGAAACGAAUAUAAAAUUGCGCAGGCCUACAUGGACAAAAUUAACAACUGGCCAGCUAUUAAAAAUGAGGACAUUAAAUCACUGCAAGCAUUUUCUCUGUUUCUUAAGGGAUGCUCAAAUUUAACAGAAUAUGUUACUCAUUUGAAAGAAUUGGACUUGCCAUCAAAUAUGAGGAGCAUAAUCCUAAAGCUUCCCUAUAAAAUGAGAGAGAGCUGGAGAAAUGUAGCCUGUGACCUGCAGGAACACAGGGGUCAGAGGGCAUUAUUCAUUGAUUUGGUUGUUUUUAUUGAAAAACAAGUUAAAGUUGUAUCUGAUCCACUGUUUGGUAACAUUAUAGAUCUUCAACAGCUCAACUCUAAAAACACCCACAGCAGCUUUACCAAACAGAAGAAAAGGGGGAAUAGUUUUGCUACAAAUGUUCUUGCAGUAAAAAAUGAAGAUCCAUCUGAAAAUAAGAACAAGUCCUCAAAGGGUUAUAGCUGUUUGUAUUGUCUCCUAAGUAAUCAUACAAUUGACAAAUGCUUUAAGUUUAAAGACAAGUCACAUAAAGAUAAAGUGAACUUUAUUAAGGAAAAGGGAAUGUGUUUUGGCUGCUUAAAGGUGGGUCACAUAAGCAGAGAAUGCAGAGGUCGCUUUGUCUGUUCUGUUUGUCACCAGCAGCAUCCCAGUGUCCUGCACAUCGACAAGGAGAGUACAGAGGUUUUCUCCAGACAUCUACAGAAUCCUCCAAGUACCACCUCCACAAUGACUCAGACUUGUGGUCAUGUCAGGGUCUGUGAUGAAGAUAACUCAAACCUUUCUAUUGUUGCAGUUCAAGUCAGGAGUCCAAAAACGAACAUCACUGUGCAGACAUAUGCAUUUUUGGACCCAGGAAGCACAGGAACAUUCUGCACUGAAAGUUUGGCCUGGAAGCUGCAACUGAAAGGUAAAAGAACAAGCAUCCAACUGCAAACAAUGGGACAUAAAGAUAUUGUGAGUACAAACAUCAUCUCUGGACUUCAAGUGGCAGCACUUGAUAGAAAUGAUUUCAUUGACCUUCCAGAUGUCAUGACACAGAAAUUAAUGCCUGUUUCAAAGCAAAAUGUUCCACAACAGGAGGACAUCGACAAGUGGCCAUACCUGCAAAGCAUCAAGCUCCAUGACAUAGAUGCUGAUGUAGAUCUGCUCAUUGGCACAGACGCACCUAAAGUAAUGGAGCCAUGGGAGCUGAUCAACAGUCAGGAGGAAGGCCCAUAUGCAGUUUGGACCCGAGUUGGAUGGGUCAUCAAUGGUCCACUCCGGAGUGAAAGGAACAAAACAGGCUAUCAUGCUUUCACUGUAAACAAGAUUUCUGUUAAACAUCUGGAAACAAUGUUGAUUGAACAAUACAAUCAUGAUUUCAAUGAAAAAACAUCCCAAGAGCAAAUUGAAAUGUCUAGAGAAGACAUCAAGUUCAUGAAUAUCAUGAAUAAUUCGGCACAAUUAAAAAAUGGACACUAUUGUGUUGAUUUGCCUUUUAAGUCUGAAAGUUCCGUCUUGCCUAUUAAUCGUUGUGUUGCAGAACAACGUCUUCUGAGCCUGAAAAGAAAGUUUAACAUGAACAGCACCUUUAAGAAAGAUUACAUUGCAUUUAUGAAUGACAUGCUAUGUAAUGGAUAUGCUGAAAUUGUACCUGAUGAUCAAUUAAUGGGCAAUGAGGGUAAGGUGUGGUACAUACCCCACCACGGUGUUUAUCACCCCCGAAAAGGCAAAUUAAGAGUUGUUUUUGACUGUGCCGCAACAUUCAAGGGAACCUCACUGAACUGCCAGCUGCUACAAGGACCUGAUCUGACUAACUCAGUUGUGGGAGUUCUUCUGCGUUUCAGACAAGAGCCAAUAGCAGUUAUGGCAGAUAUUCAAGCUAUGUUCCACCAGGUUCAUGUUCCAGAGAAACACAGAGACUGUCUUCGCUUCCUCUGGUGGCCCAAUGGUGACACAUCGCAAGUUCCACAGGAAUAUCGGAUGACAGUACAUCUGUUUGGAGCAGUGUCCUCCCCAAGCUGUGCAAAUUAUGCAUUAAGAAGAACAGCAGAAGAUAAUUCUCAGCAGUUUCCAGCUGAAGUGGUCAGUACAAUCAAGCAUAAUUUUUAUGUGGAUGACUGCUUAAAAUCUUUGCCUACAGAAGAGGAAGCAAUAAAGUUUGUUCAAGAUUUGACAUCUCUUUGCAAUAAAGGAGGAUUUAAGCUCUCAAAGUGGCUCAGUAACAGUCCCGCCGUUCUGCAAAUGGUUUCGGGCAACACCAAAGCAAAAGAAAUGUUAGAAAUGGAUUUGGAGCUUCCAAUGGAACGUGCACUUGGAUUGCAGUGGUGCAUUCAAAGUGACUCCUUUAAAUUUAAAGCUUCCCUUCCAGAGCGGUCUCGCACAAGAAGAGGAAUACUGUCAGUGAGCUCUGCAGGAGAAACUUGGGCUGGGAUGAUGCAGUUCACCAUCAUUUUUCCAAACAAUGGACCGACUGGCUGGAUGACCUGAAGAGGAUCUCAAAGUUUGAAGAAAGGCCAGAGUUGCUCCCCUCAAGCAGACAACCAUCCCUCGACUGGAGCUCACUGCAGCCGUCCUUGCUGUACGACUGGACCAACUGCUUCAUAGAGAACUGCAUCUUCUCUGUGAAGAUGUAAUUCUGGAGGCAUCUGUUUUUUGGACAGACAGCACCACUGUCCUAAAAUACAUUUGUAGUGAAGCAAAGAGGUUUCAUACCUUUGUUGCAAACAGAGUGUCAAUCAUUAGAGAAGCUACAUUAGCUAACCAGUGGAGAUAUGUGAGUUCCAAAGACAAUCCAGCAGAUGAAGCAUCAAGAGGGAUGAGAGCAGAGGACUUCUUGGAGCACAGCAAGUGGAUUGAUGGUCCUGAGUUUCUGUACGACUCUGAAAACAAAUGGCCUAAGUUGGGUGUAAAGUAUGACUCACUUCCUGUUGCUGAUGCUGAAAUAAAAAAGGAUGUAACUGUUAAUGCUGUUGUUGAGGAGGCUAAAAACCCUACCAGUUUUUUCAUCUCCUACUUCUCAUCCUGGAUGAAGCUAAAAACAUCUGUAGCCUGGGUUUUAAAGCUUAAAGAACUCCUUCUUCAACUGUCUCAGAAAAGAAAAGAGUUUUCUGACAUGAUGCAUGAGUCUGCAGAAGAUGCAAACAUUAAAGAGCAAAAGGUGUUGCAAAAGAUGCAGCAGUUUAAAACUAUGCUAAAAAUCCAGUGUUUAACAUCUGAAGAUUUGACUGCAGCAGAGCAUUUCAUUAUUCUCUUCGAACAACAUCACAGGUUUGAGCCAGAGAUCAGCGCACUCAGAGCCAACAAGACAGUCUCCAAAGACAGCCAGCUGUAUCGACUCGAUCCAGUGAUCGAUGAUGGAGUCCUCAGAGUGGGUGGACGUCUUAAAAGAGCUGCUAUGCCAUUUGAAAUUAAGCAUCCAGUAAUUCUGUGUAAAAACAUGCACGUGGCAACGUUAAUUCUGCGUUACAUUCACCAUCUGCUUGGUCAUGCAGGAAGGAGCCACAUGUUGUCCAGGCUGCGUCGGAAAUACUGGAUAAUCAGCGCAAACUCUGCUGCCAGAAAGAUCCUGUCUGACUGUGUCACCUGCAGAAGAAAUAGAGGAAAGCUUCUAGAACAAAAAAUGGCCGACUUGCCCCAGGAAAGGAAACAAGACCUGUACCUCAAACGCAGAUGGAAGCAAGUACAGUAUAUGGCUGAACUCUUUUGGAAAAGAUGGAUCACUGAGUAUCUGCCCUUACUGCAUGAAAGACAAAAAUGGAUGAGACAGAAAAGAAACAUUUCUCCUGGAGACAUUGUCCUGAUCGCAGAUGCUACUGCACCUCGAGGAUGUUGGCAGAUGGGGAGAGUCCUGGCAGUCAAAGCUGAUGGAGGAGGACUGGUUCGUUCAGUGCAACUGCAGACCAAAACCAGUGUGUUGGAGAGGCCAGUGACGAAGCUCUGUCUGCUCCUGGAGGCAUCUGCAGACUAAAGACAUUCUUAUUCUUUCUACUCUAUCCUAUCCUAUUCUUUCUUUUUUCUCUUGCAGGUUCGUCAUUAUGGAAAUGAAGGACAAAGAAGAAUUUAUGUCUUUGCAUUAAUGUAGGACAAUAUUGAGGUUGUUAGAAUAGCUCCUUUAAUUAGAGAUUUAAUUGUGAUUUAAUGCACAAUUAGGGGCUGGAGUGUAGGAGCUAUUUCUCCAUUAUUUUCAGUUAAAGUUUAGAAUGUUGAUUAUUUAGUUUAUUUUUUUUGUUUUAUAGUUGAUUUAUAAUUAGACUGUUUAUUUUGUUGUUUCUAAAUAAGUUUGGUUAGUAAUUCACUUAAUUAGUUAAUUGAUUUCAGUUUGGGAAGUGGGUGUGUUUCACAGUAUAAAUACGUAGAGUUUAGAUGAGUCUUUAGGCACAUGGGUGGUCAUAUGGUUUUUUACCUGUCUGUCCGUCAGUCAGUUAGUCAGUGUUAUCAGUGAGAACAGGUGCAGGAGUUAGGAUAGGUUUAUCCGAAGCCUGUAACUUGUUUUAGCAAAAGAUUGAAUAAAAGUAAACUAAGAGCAUUUUGACUGUUUGACCUUUUGUUGGACUGCGUAAACCAGAACCCAUGAUGCCCAGUAUUGACUGUUUGAGUUUAUUUCAUUUUGUUUUGAUCACUUUUGAGAUUUGAAUUUUUUCGAUUUUGGAAUUAAGUUUUCGGGACAAAUAGUCAAUACAAACACUGUCCAUUUUAAAACGCAAGGCCCAGCAGACCAUAUUCCAAACCUUUGGCCUUAACAUGCAAGGUUUUACUUUAACAGCGAUGGUUAAUAUUCAAAAAACAUUUUUGUUAAACGGUUUAAUAAAUACGUUCGGCAUUAUUGACAAAUUUAUUUAAUUUCGCUAUGGAUAUCAAUGAAGUAUUUUGGAAUUUGAAUAAAAUUUUUGAAAUGAGCAUUUUUGUCGAUCGUUUUGGAAAAGUGGUCCAUUACACGCUCUUAUGAUGACUCGUUCCUUCUUUUAAAGAGAUUCAGUUGGCUCUAGAGGCCUUUAUUUGACAUUUGACAGACAGGAAGGCGGGUAGACUUACAACGAUGGCGACCGGGAUAGGGACUGGUGACAUCACCAAGGACUAAGGCCUCUGCACUAAAGGUCGCGCCACUGCCGCGUGCUUCUAUUUUUUUAUUUUAUUUUAAAUAAUUUAAAGCAAAUCAACACGAAAAAUAAAUGUUUGAUUAAAAUUGUGAGUUGGUGUUUUUGUGAACUCAGAAGCACUGCCGAGUCCUAAUGAUGAGCUUCAGCGUUGAACAUUGUUGCUGUUUAUUCAACAAUGUAUGAUCACAUGAUCAUGGAAAUGACCAUCGUUUUAAUUUA